AUGGCCCUCCCAAGAGUCCAUGUCAAUGAGAAAAGCCCCCUGUCCGAGAACAACAGCCCAAAAGACAGCGGCAUCGACAAGCGACAAUCGGCACAAAUCAUUGCCCCAACACGAAAGUCACUACAUCAGAACAUCUUUGGGAAGCUCCGUCCGCUGCCUUUCCAAUAUCACUGGACAGUCUGGUAUGACAAGCACUCCGACUCCACCGACUACGAUAACAGGCUGUACGUCCUUCAUGAAGACGUCGCCGAUAUUGCGACCUUCUACCGGGUUUACAACAAUUACCCAUGGGAGAAGAUCCGGCUCAGAGACACGGUGCAUAUCUUUCGCAAGGGAGUGCGUCCUGUGUGGGAAGACCAGGAGAACCUGAAGGGAGGAUGUUGGAGAUUCCGCGUGCCGAAGAGCAAAGCCCAGGAGUUCUUCCAUGAGAUUGCUAUUCUUUGCAUGGCAAAUGAAUUUCAGGCCGUCCUUGAGCAGGAACAUGACCAUGUGCUCGGAGUUUCAACCUCAGUCCGGUUUAACACUCAUCUGAUCUCGGUUUGGAACAAGCUUGGCUCCAAUGAAUGUUCCAUCAAAGCAUUGGAAAGAACUAUCCUCGAUCGAUUGUCGCCGGAACUACGACCCACUGGGACGGGGUCCAAUGCGUAUUUCUAUAAACGUCAUGAUGAGAACGAAGGAUAUCAAGAAGCUGUUGAGGGAGCAGCCUCGAAGGAUUGA